AUGUCAUUACCAACUUUAUACUAUUUGAAUGGAAGAGGAAGAGCUGAGGUCUCUCGUAUUAUCCUUAACUAUGCCGGUGCCAAGUUCAAUGACCACAGAAUUCAAACCUAUCCAAUUCCAGAGGAUAUCCGUAACUUGACUACCUUUGGUCAAUUCCCAAACUAUAUUGAUGCCGAUAUCCAAUUGUCACAAUCGAUUGCCAUCGAGACCUAUCUUGCCAACAAGUACAACUUGAACGGUUCAAAUCAAAUCGAUCAAGUAAAGAUCCUCAGCUACGCUUUGUCAUGCGGUGACCUCUUCCAAGCCUAUUUCACCAGUAAGUACGCCGGAGAAGCCGGAAUGACCAAGUUCCGUAGCGAACUAGCUCCACGUACCAUCAAGUGCUGGGAGAAGAUCAUCUCUGAGAACGGUGGUAAGCACACCUACGGUAACACUCUCACCUGGGCUGAUAUCUCCAUUUUCAAUGCACUCGACUACAUCUACUACAUGAAGGAACAAAGUAUUUUGGAGCCAUUCCCAGCAUGUCGCCAAUUCCACCAACAAAUCUUAGAGUUACCACAACUCUCUGCCUACUUUAAAUCACGUCCAACUGACGACAAAUUCUAA